GAAAGAGAGAAAUUGAAGAGAAAUCGCAGGAGAAUUGAAGAUCUCGGAGAUAAGGAGAGAGCAAGCCGGGAGCAAGCUUGCGAGUUUCCGCUCGAGUCGAACUCGAGCGAAUUCGAGAGAGGGCGCGUUUAAAUUUUCCGACGCUAAUGCCACGUCAAACAACGCAAAUCUCUAACUAAACGAGAUUUAAUCCCGUAAGAAAAUAGGAGAAAGGUCGAGGGGUUCUCGCGGAUCAGCAGCGCGACCGGGCGCGCGCAGCGCUCCAAUAGGAUAUUAUAUUUCACUCGGCGAGCGAGAGUCGAGCGAUUCGGACAUCGCCGGCGAGGACCGGCGACGGAGAGACGAGCUCUAAAGCGCGAGCGUCUUGACGAGAUAAUCACGGCGCGCCGAGAGAGACGUUCCCCGUGUUCUUGUCCCCGCAUGUGGGGAUUCCCGCCGGUGGCAUCUGUCCGCGUUUUCAGAAACUUGUAAUAACAAUUCUCGCGGGGAAACCGAGCGAGGAUUUUCGCACUCGUGCGAGGGGACGGACGUACCUCCUCCUCCUUCUCCUCCGACGCCAGCAACGCGCUGUACACGGCUCCGUCGUGUCCUUUGGGACUCGGAUAAGGAAAAAUAAUAGGAGCGAGAACGAUAGGGGCGAGGAGCGAGAUAGCAGUUAAUACCGGCGGAUUUUCGCGCAGAGUACCGCCGACUAAUCCUUCCCUCCCGGCCCUCUCAGCCAUCGUCCCGGCGCCGAGAGGAGUCACCGGUGAAACGGAGUGCGGCCAAGUCGGAGCGCAGCAGCCGAGCGCGCAGCUUCGCCGGCGAAACGACGACGACGACGACGACGACGAGCGUCGGAUUCGCCUCCGUCGUGUGUGAUUUGAGCGCGACGACUCUCCAUCGGUCUCCUCCAAGCUGGAGCGAACGUCGAUUUCCGAUGCGCUCCGCUGCGUCGUCGGUGCUCGGCUCCAGCACCUCUCCAUCCGCAGCGGGACACUCGCCGCGCGACUCGACAGCGGCAGCGGUCGCGAGGUAAAAAACCACUCUCGGUCAGUCGUUUUGCGCGGCUCCGUCGUGACGAAACCGCGAUGCUACGCUCCGGUGGUGCGCUUCGCCGAGAGGGACAGGCCUUCGUCUCGUGAAAAAGCCAACUUGUCACGGAAUAAUUGUGGAAUGUUGCUGCGGAAAAUCUGAGGAAAAUCCCAAGGCAGAGAGAGAGAGAGAGAGGGAGCGCGCGCGCGCGCGCGCGCGCGCACGAGACGGAGAGAAAUACAGACAGGAGAACCGAUAACGAUGAGAGACGCGCCGAGUUGCUUCACCAUACGAGGAGAAACAUGAAGUAGCGGACAACGGCGCACCGUUGUCCCCGUCCUCCCCCCGGCCCCACCCCCACUUUCCCCCGGCGGGGCUUUCCAGCGUCUGCAAGAGGAGAAGUCGGCGACAUGGAGAAAUACGGCGUGGAUUUCCCGAAACGGGAGUGGAGCCACAGGCUGAGCCUUCGCGGCAGCCGAAGGACGCACGAGGGUGAAAUCGGACCCAGGACAAUAGCCGGGGUCCCAGGAGCCAGGGGCACCAGGAGAUGGGCCAGUCUCAGGCAGCACGUGAGCAGCAAUGACGGCGGCAAGCCCCGUGUCGAGUUGCUGUUCGAUACGCCGGGCUCCAAGUCCACCACGCCGUCCUCGCAGCCGCACACCCCCAACACGCCGAAAACGCCGCACACCCCCAUCAAAAAGUCCAACUGGGAGGUCAUCGAGCACUUUACCGGCGCACCUCGUCCCUCCAUCAUCACGAUGGCCAGAGGAUCAGAGGUCGGGGUGGGAUCGACCAGCGGAAGGGAAACCAUGGCGGAAGCUGCAACGAACGCGGGGAUCACCCAGAGCACGCAGAAAUGCGCGCUCAGCAGGUUCCUGAGUUCCUUGUGCGCCUCGCAUCGCUUCAAGAAUCUGCAGGUGGAGAUGCUCUACCAGCGCUACUUCCUGCGCAUGAACCAGAGCAACAUGACGCACGUGCUCGGCUUAUUGGCCGGCCUGGUGCUCGCUUUGGGUCUACUGCUCGUCCUCAAGCUGCAUCUCACCGACGGCCAGCAAUUUUUCGCGCAGCUGCAGAGAGCCGAGAAUCUGUUCCUGGCGAUCACUCUCGUGGGCUGCAUCGUGGUUUACGCAGUUCUUGUGGUGGCCAUCUCCCGGCCGGGUAUGAACGAGAUAUGGCUGGCGGGGGUGAGCGGCAUGGUGCUGGUCACCCUGUUGGCCCUGCAGGUGACCUUGAGCCUUCACCUGGCCCACCUGCAUGAGGCGAGCCGCAUGACUUCCGGCGACACGGCGAGAUCGAGGACUUCCCACACCGGAGGACCCCUGGCCGCCGCCUUGGCGGUCUGCUUCUUCAUCUACAUGGCCUACGCGCUCUUGCCGAUCAGGCUGCGGCACGCCUGCAUCGCCGGAGUCGUCUUUUCAGUGGCUCACAUCAUCGGAGCCUUCCUGCUCUACCCGAAGGACUACCCGGCCAUGGUCGAGCACCUGCUGAGUUCGAUCGUGGUGGUCGGCGGGACGAAUGUGGCCGGCGCGCUGACACAUCACCCACGGGAACUGGCGCAGAGGCAGGCGUUCCUCGAGACCCGACAAUGUGUCGAGGCGCGUCUCACCACACAGCGGGAGAAUCAGCAACAGGAGCGGCUGCUGCUCAGCGUGUUGCCGAGACACGUCGCCAUGGAAAUGAAAGCGGACAUCGCCGGGAAACCGAAGGACACCAUGUUCCACAAGAUUUAUAUCCAGAGACACGAGAACGUCAGCAUUCUGUUCGCCGACAUCUGCGGAUUCACCUCGCUCUCCGACCAAUGCACUGCCGAAGAGCUCGUCAGGUUGCUCAACGAACUGUUUGCACGGUUUGACAGGCUAGCCGCUGAGCACCACUGCCUCAGGAUAAAGCUCCUCGGAGACUGCUAUUAUUGCGUUUCCGGACUGCCGGAUCCGCGGCCCGAUCACGCUUACUGUUGCGUAGAGAUGGGAUUGGAUAUGAUCGAUGCGAUAACAUUGGUUCGCGAAGUAAUGGCCGUAAACGUGAAUAUGAGAGUAGGUAUUCACACCGGCCGAGUUCACUGCGGGGUUCUAGGACUGAGGAAAUGGCAAUUCGAUGUUUGGAGUAACGACGUGACCCUAGCCAAUUACAUGGAAAGCGGAGGGAUACCCGGGCGCGUACACAUCACAAAAGAAACCUUAGACUGCCUGGGCGGAUAUUACGAGGUCGAGGAGGGCCGCGGGGGUGAGAGGAACGCAUACCUGAAGGAUCAUAAUAUCAGGACCUACCUAAUUGUCCCGGGGGACACUUUCAAGGAUAACAUAACAACUUCCGCGAUGCGGAAGGGCUUCCCGGCGAAUGGAAAUGUGUCCAAAGAGAUGAGGGUCAUGGGUCACGGCUCGCAACACGGGAAACAGUCUAAUAGAUUAGGUUUCGGCGAAAGCACCGAGGGCGAGAAGGAUCCCGAGGACGAGGUGAACGAGUACCUGAUGAGAGCGAUCGACGCCAGGAGCAUAGAUCGAUUGCGAGCGGAGCACUGCACGCCCUUUAUAUUGAAGUUUCGGAGGCCGGACGUCGAGGAAAAGUACUCGCGCGAGAGGGACAGGAUGCUCUCGGCUUACUUCGUGUGCUCCGGUUUCGUCUACGUGGUCGUCGUGGCCGCGAUGGCCAUCAGCGGCCUCGCCGGAAGCGAUUACUUCUACGUCUGCGCCGCAAUUAGCAUACUGGUGAUAGCCUUGGUCAAUGGUGUCUUGUUAGCGGAGAAGAAUGAGAGGGUGCCGGCAUGGGUGAGAAGUGCAGCCUUGCAGAUUUUCGAGAACCGCACCGUCGCGCAGAUCGUCGCGUGCAUCGUCGUGUUCCUGACGUUCGUCACGGUGCUGUCGCCGCUGAUGACGCUCGAAAAGGACACUUGCGCCAGCAACAACAACACCUCGCGUUUCGCCGCGGAAUGGCCGUACAACAACUCCGGCGUGAAGGGCAUCUUGAUGACGAACGUUCCUGAGGACUCCUGCUACUUCAGCAACCUGUUCUGCGAUCUGUUCCCGGUCCUGAUAGUGCUGGUGAUGGUGACCUGCGCGGUGUACCAGAUCCUAACGUCGGUCUUUAAAGUGGCGGUAUUGAGCGUCGUUGUGACUCUUUACCUCGGGAUCAGCGUUUACCAGGCGCUAAAUGAGAACAACGGCGAGGCCGCCGGGAAGUGCUUGGCGGGCGUGCUGGUGGUUUUCUUCAUGGCCUGCCUAGUGGCGCACUCCCAGCACACAGAGGCGACCUACAGAUUAGACUUCCUGUGGAAGCUGCAAGCGACCGAGGAGAAGGAGGAAAUGGAGCACUUGAAGGCCUACAACCAGAAAUUGCUCGCUAAUAUACUUCCGGAGCACGUGGCCGCCCACUUCCUGUCCACUGUCAAUUCGGACGAGCUGUACCACGAACAAUGCGACUUCGUGUGCAUAAUGUUCGCAUCGAUCCCCAACUUUUCGGAGUUCUACGUCGAGCUCGAGGCGAACAACGAGGGCGUGGAGUGCCUCAGGCUCCUCAACGAGAUCAUCGCUGACUUUGACGAUUUACUCGCCGAGGAGCAGUUCAAGUACAUCGAGAAGAUCAAGAGCACGGGUGCAACGUACAUGGCUGCGUCGGGCUUAACGAAAAGCACCUGCGACAUGCGGGACUUCAAGCACGUAGUCGCGAUGGCGGAUUACGCCCUGAGGAUUCGCGAGCAGCUGGCCUAUGUCAAUGAACACAGCUUUAAUAACUUCCGCAUGCGUGUGGGCAUCAACAUCGGACCGGUGGUCGCCGGCGUGAUCGGCGCCAGGAAGCCGCAGUACGACAUCUGGGGCAACGCCGUGAACGUGGCGUCCAGGAUGGACUCCACGGGCGUGCUGGACGGGAUUCAAGUGACCCAGGAGGUGCGCGAUAUACUGGUCGCCAAAGGAUAUCCGCUCUCCUGCCGAGGGGAGAUCCAGGUCAAAGGGAAGGGCAGUAUGAUAACUUACUUCCUGGACGGCCCGAGAGACUUGGUCAAGCCCAACAACCCGGACAACAGCAGGACGAAUUCGAACAACAACACCGACCUCACGGAGAAAACGGCCGCCAACAACAGCAACGGCGCCGUGUGAUCGGUAAGGACGUUCGAGCAACAAUUCGCGACGGACAACGCGGCAGAAAGUAUCAAUUCAUUCCUGCGCCACUAAAGACUUCUUCCAUGAGUACUCGAGAGCCCAGAGAUGUGCGUGCGUGUGUGCGUGCGUGCGUGCGUGUGUAUGUUUGCGCGGAUGCGUAUGUGUGUGCGGCCCAAAGAUUCGCUUCUGCCAUGCAAUUUCCAAGGCGCGUGCACGCAACUCGAAGUUGUCGGCGACCGUUCGCGAACGGUCAAUCGGCUCCUGACGAACGGGACGAUCGCGCCGCUAGUUUUUAAAUCUCGUGGCAAAUGAAUGGCGCGAGGGAGCCAUUCGCCAGGAGCAUUCGCUCGGGGUACUUUCGGUUCGGCGAAUUCGAUUCUUAGCGCGAGUUCCUACGUUUCUCGCUUGAUCGCGUGCCAACUACUAAAUCCGGAGGUCGAGAAAAAAAAAGAAAACGUACGGCUGUGAGAAAUGUACUAUCGAACAGUCGAACAGUCAAAGGCAAACAUCCAAAUCGAAAAGCUUCGCGCGAGAUUCCAUUUGGCAUUCCGCAGUCGUCUCGGAAGAUGCCGACUGCGAUAAAUAUGUACGUUUCGUACGUCGCGCGCGUUGAUUGCUUUAAAUUAACGCGCCUCGAAUACCGCGUGAAGAAUGCGGUCUGUCUGUCGAAGCGGAGAACAUUUGACGGCAUCCGAGAAUUAAAAAUCCGGACGGAUACUAGAGACGAUUAUUUCUUUCUCGUCGGGGAUCAUGAAAAGAGAAUCGACCGUAAUGCACAUUUCGAACGGGGGGGGGGAGGGGGGGAAUGGUCCGGUCGAAUUGUCCGGUGUAAUUUCACGGUAAAUCCAAAUCCGCUUUGAUUGCAGCUGUUUGGUAAUUGCAGCUGUCUAGCAAAUCCAAGUUGAGUCCGCACUGAAAUGCCGAACGUUAGGGAGAACGACAACUCCCACACGCCCUCCCACACAUUCGUCGUACUUAAUCUGUCCUUGAACGAAGCGUACAAUGUGCAUGUGAUUGUGUGUUAAAAAUCUUUAAUUUCGCUAAUUGGAUUAGUUAACGAGAGGUUCCGCGAUAAUCACUUCUCCGGCGACCGUCGCUCGAACGGAAGACACGUCGCUAGAAGAAAAAAAGGAAAUAUAUAUAUAAAUAUAUACCGCCGCUCACUUAACAAGCUCCUUUCGAGCAUCCAAUCGAAACGAUUGAGCAGAGGUAUUGCAACGACGUAACGACGGGGUUAUUGAUUUAACUCGUAAUAGAAUGGCGCACAAUACCGUAUCGUUUGAUAUCUCCGACACUUUAGUUCCCAAUCUCUUAAGCAGAUGCACCUCCCACGAGAUUGCUUUUGUGACAUAAUCUUGUGACAAGAUUUGCGAAACGAUCUCCAGUAAGAUUCAUUCGUGACAAUAACAGUACCGACCGUAUCCUCGAGAGAACCACGCACACACUUGUCUCUAAACGCAAGCUUAGGCGUUUAGCGGAUCGAAAGCGGAUCACAGAUUCGGGGCAAUAACACGUUAAGCGCGAAGCGCGCGCGCGGUCGUCACGAAUAAUUUAUGACUCAUCGUCGUCCAAGGAAGAAACAGGAAAGACACACACACACACACACACACACACACACACAGGAGAGUGUUCUCUUAUUACGGCCAAAAUUAAACGUACGAGUGCAAACUGAGACUAUAUUCCUCGUGUUCAGCCUCGUGUUAUUGUCUCGAGCCUUUUGUCCGCAGUGCGUGAUGUGCACGUGCAGCAGCAGCUCGACCAUCUCUAACAAUUCCCCGCACAAUUAAUCGCGCACAAUUAAUCUUUCUCGCGACGUGCGAGCGGCGAGCCGGACAAGUUUCUGCAUUAUUCUAGUCAAUACGAAGCGAGCGUCUGUCACGUGGGUAAAUAUAAUCCGACGACAAAUCGAACAUUGAGCCUCAUACAACGAAGCCGUGGACAAACGAACCUCAUCAUACGCGUAGGCGGUUUGCUUUAACAAGAAGGGGACCACGGACGAGCUAAUUACCGUACGUCAGAUUCGACGAGUGAAAUGUAGCCGCCUCUAAGAGCGAGGGCAUCAUCGUUUCAUUUUACACGCCGGCUUCUCGUAAGAAAAGAAGGGAAAAAUCGACCGCGUAUGUGCUAGUCCUUCUUAUCAGUAGGUAGCAGAAUUUUCGUUAAUUAUAGCGACUUAAGAAAUUUUAAUAAUGUACACAUGCGUAUUAUGCAGAGUGAGAUCUUUUCUUCUUUCUCGAUCUUUAUCGAUGAGAGAGAGAGCUUUCAACGGUCCUUUGUCCGCCCGCAGUUAGGACAUUUUAUCUUGACUUCGGGAUCUUGAGGGACCUAGCGGAAAAGGCAAAUUCGCGCAAUUGAAAGGGCGGAAAGGUAGGAAAGGGCCGCGAAGUAUCGGACGAACGACUUUCCUACAUCAGUCAACUUCUCGCCGAUCGACAGAGAAUUUCUGACGAAAUUGCACUCGAUGUUCUCGAGCGAGCGACGUAUGUGAGUGACGUGAAAACGCCGAGACGCGCGAUAUUAUUAACACAAUAUCAGAAGAAGAUGAAGUAUUCUCUCUCGAUCGCUGAAGCAAAAUCUCAACGAGACAGAGUCGAGUGGAAGAAGAACGCGCGAGCGCACGGAAAAUAAAUUAUUUCAUCAAUGGUGAACUUUUGGUCUUUCGCGAGAGGGGAAACAAACGCGCUUUGACCGGCGAACACGACAAAGCCGGCCGAUGCAGCUGCAAACACCAGUAGAUACGGAUAAAUAUUUUGCGUAGAACCGAGAUUAAAUAAAAGCGAAUAAGAUCCUAUUGAAUUCGCGUUUCGGUGCUCCUCGGUGCUACUCGGAAAAGUCAUUUUCAGCCUCGCAACGACUAUGUAUAAUAACCGGCAUCGGUAAAAUGCACUUGCAAUUUACAACAGCAAUUUACAACAGCGUGAUCCGGCUCCCCCCCGUUGAAAUGAGCUGUCGAAAUUAAUUCGUCUGCAAGGAGGACGUGUAGGAACGGUCGAUCGUCCGAAUACUACGCGAAUUCGACGAAAACGGGGGACGGAAAAGAAAGAAGAAGAAGGGAAACAUCCUGCAGCGUUCGAUGUUAAUUAAAUUAAUGUAUAUUCGCAGGCAUGUAAAUAUGUAUGUAUACGGGACGCUUGAGAGCAUAUGUACAAAUUUGGCCAAAGUGUAUAGAUGUUAAUUAUAACACGUUGGUGUGUAUCUGUCGGCGGCGGCGGCGCGAACUCGAUCUCUUCGAUCGCAGAGUAUACAUAUCGAUUUUUUGUGCGCCAUGCGCGAUCUUUUGUCCGUAGAUAGAAGCGAGGGAAGAGUUAUAUUUGUUACAGAGCGCGGGAGAGACCGUGUGUGUGUGUGUGUGUGUGUGUGUGUGUGUGUGUGUGUGUGUGUGUGUGUGUGUGUGUGUGUGUGUGUGUACGGCAAGAGACAGUAAAGCGGAGAACAGUAGGCGAGUACGCAGUACGCAAUAUUUCGAGUCCGAUCGAUCAAGCUUAAUUGAUUAAUGAAACGUGUUACGUAAUUUAACUAAUUCAUUCGGCCGGACGUUAUCGUGCGAGCUCAGAUCGUCGGGCUGGACGGAACGUUAAUUAAAUAAUUCAAUUCUACGUGCGAACGUUACCCGCUCGAUCGGGCCGAUCGCCGACAUUAAUCAGUCGACCGCACGGUGCGUGAUCAGAUACAUAAGUCAGAUAUAUAAGUAAGCGAAUCUAUGCUUUCGCGAGAAUUUCAAUGUCGCUGGCAGGUCCAGCUAAUAUUAAAUGUUGAUCGACAUGUAAGAGAGACGAAGCUAGCCGUGUAACAACGCGUAAUCGUUGAAGCGGACGGAUACGAUGAAAUCAACGGAUCAUUUGUGCCAUCAACGAGACCGAGGAGUUUCCCUACUUUGUAAAUCGCUUGAUAAUUUAUUUCUCGUCGAGUAGCCCUUCGUUAAGCCGCGCGGAAACGUCGACGGACGUGCAGUCGGCGGGAGGGAAGGGGGCACAAGUGAUCUCCGUUAAUUCAAAGUCAAAAUUGCCGUGCAUCGUACCAGAUCGGAGUAAUUGUGUGUGUGUGUGUGUGUGUGUGUGUGUGUGUGUAAGUCUUACGUCGUAAAUUCAUCUACUACGUGUUACACCCUAGAAGCCUAUUAGCGGCGAGAGGUUAAUCGCCCAAAUAAUGGCGAUGGCUAUUAGCACUGUCGACAGCGACACGCGAGUCAUACGGUGUGUGCUCUACAUCAUCAUUGUUUCGACGGUUUCGAAAAUUUCAACGAUUUCUCGGAGAAUUUAGGAUUCGUAAGAGGAGAAGAGACUUUUUUCGUGCGUGUUUAUAUGUCUUUAGGAAGAUUUAUUCAUGACGAAUGACUUUGGUCUCUCUUGAGCAAACUGCGUUUCGAAUCAGGCUGUGGAGAAACGCGUCAAGGUUCUUCGUGCCAUGUGUAAGUUUAUCUAAAGGUUUGCCUCGAUUUUCACCAUGUCCAAGCGUUUGAGAAAAACGAGGGAUAAAACAGCAAAAGGGUAUAACGUGUACAGAAAAUAAGAGACUAUCACGCUCGUCGACGGUGUGUGUUAACAGCUGUUACAACUAGUAUCGUAGAAAUUAUCCCACGGGGGAAUUGCGGGAUGUACCGAUCGAUAUUGGAACACGGCCGCUGAAAACGCUGUUUCCACUUCGGCAGAAAACGUUUCUCCUUCUAGAUUUCCGCACAGCUUGCCUACGAUAAGGAAACGCGCAAACUUCUACAACGUCGACGCGUCGUCGCGUCGAUACUAUAAGUCAAUAUGUAACGAUACGGAUCGAUAUGCGAAGGGCUGCUGGCCGAAGUCACGAGAGUGCACGAGAUAGAACGGGGGAGGCACCAUUCGUUAUCGUUCCGGGAAAAAAUGUUGAUGUAACUUUGAUGGCCUAAAGUUCAGUCUUUACUGAAGAAAAUCACGCAACUUUAUCAUAGUCAUAAUUGCGCGCCGUGAUUAACAUACUGAUGACAUGAAAUAAAUUUUUAAUAAAA